AGGAUGUUAGCUAGCUAUUGUCAUGUUCUCUUGGGUGUUUCGGUUUCCUCAGCCAUCAUCUGUCGUUUGUAAGAGAAGUUACUGAACAUACACGACUUACUGAAUAUCACACAUGAGUAGAGUGGCUCUGUGCAUGUGCAUUAAAUAAAAGUGGGUAGGUUAACACAUUGUACGCUUCUAAUGUAAUGUUAUCAAAAAGAAGUGAAAAUCUCAGGUGAAGAAUGAAACGGUUUCUCUUCCUUCUUUGGUGUUUUGUCUUUUUACAGGCUGCCAAAGCCAAUGGAUGGUCAAUGGAAACUAGCAAAAGUGUCUUUGGCUACCUUGGAACAAAAGUCACUCUGCCCUGUACCAUCAAACACCCAAUAUCCAACUAUAAUGGCAGCAUUACUGUCAUCUGGAGGAAAGAGACUUUUGGGGGAGGGCCGAUCAUUUUUCAGUGUUUAACUACUUACUCUACAGAUACAAAUGGCAGCCACUGUGUAAACCAGGCUGGAGACGCCCAGGAGAUUGGUCGCUACAUGUUGGCCGGGAAUCCCUGGCAAAAUGACCUCUCCUUGCUAAUCAAUAAUCUGACAUACAAUGACAGAAGCAAGUAUUUCUGUCGUUUUCAAUUAACAAGAAAAGUAGAUGCCUUUGAAGGCAAAACCGGCACAGAGCUUCUGAUUAAAGGACCACCUUCUAUAAAUCAUCUCUCUGCAAGUGUUGAUAGGUCUGGUGUUUAUUCAGUAGUGUGCAAAGCUGAAGAACUCCCAUUAACAAAUAUCACAUUGGUUGAACAUGGAAACAUGAAUUCAUCUCCGACUAGAAACAACCAAAGCGCGAUAAAGAUGGGAGAAGUAAGGAUAACUGCAGUGCGAAGUGGAACUUACACCUGUGUAACAAUUAAUGAGUUUGGAAAAGAAGAACGCACUAUUCAGUUUGGUAUACCAGCACCUGAGUCAAAGAGCAGUGCAGCUGAGCGAGGAAAUCUAAACACAAUCACCAUAGUGUGCAUUGUUAUAUCUGGAGUGCUGUUUGGUAUCAUAAUCUUACUUGGCAUUCUACUCAUUAAGAAAAAUCAAGCAAAAAAUCUUAAUCCGGAACGAUUGAUUUUUUCCAAGACAAAACCUGCGUCCAAAUUUGAAGAGUCAGAUGCAGACCAGAUCUAUGUGAAUGUGUCACAGAUGGCAAUGUAACAAACCUGAAAACAUCUGCUUAGUGCUAGCGAAUGCUUUAAAAUCCAGUUACCAGUUGUGUUACAAUUAUUACUGGCCCACCUUUAUUGUGCUUAGAUUAUUUUGGUUCCUCUUUUUUUUUUUUUUAAAGUUAAUUACGGAUAUGGAGAGAUGUCCAGUUCACCACUAUUAAUAAACUGCUGCAUCCUGCAGCUUUAGAGUGAGUCUGAACUACAAAUACAGGCAGUAGCAGCAACAUUUCAUACAGUGCUAUCUUUGAAAUAAUAAUCUGCAUAUUCCUAAUUGAAUUAUAAAAUACAAAGGGAGGCAGUGAUAAUAUUGCUAGUGGCAUUUAAUAAGAUUUUUAAAUGAUGUCAAAAUCCUGGUUUGCACUCCUUUAAGACAGAAGAAUUCAAAGCCAUUUGCUUAGCCAUGAAUUCAGCUGAGUAACAGAAAAAGUGUGAAGAAAAGUCUGUUAAAUAUUAAAUCUCUUUUGUUUUUGUAUAAGGCUUGGUAUUUCAUUUUGCAUUCAAUGUAUACUUCUGUUUUUUAAUAUAAAUGGUGUUUUGUAUGUUAUUUAGCGAUGGUCACAAGGACAAUUCUAGAAUCCUUUUAUGUAGCGGCAUAACACGCUGCAAUUAAAUGUGUGUUAACAUUGGGAAUAAUAAUGUAUUUACAUUGUGUAUAAACACAUGUUCAUUCCAAGUAAGUUUGGAUGUGAAAUUUACAAUAUCAUUUUUCUUCACAAAUAAACAUGUAACUUUUA